AUGUCAUUGUCGCAUUCUAAUGGUGCUAUGAAGAUCGUCGACGCUGAUGAGGAAUCAGGUUUCACCUUCUUCGAUUCCUCCUUUAUUGAAACUGGGUUAAGUCUUGAAGAAUUAAAAUGGAAAUUCUAUGAAAAAAGCGCUGCUGUUGGACCACCGCUUUCUGUCGAGGUCUCGAACUCUCCUUCUAUGGCUAUGGAGGCCAAUCUGGUUCGUGUUCCCGUCGGUGACGCUGAUCGACCGUUUUUUCCUUUGUCGUCGGAUGCUGCAGCUCCGGCUGAUUCUCUUCCAUGCGAAGGAGUCGACCCUCAUCCUCACUCCAAUCGUCGGUCUUCUCCUCUGAUGGCGGACCAAGUUUUUUUGGGAAAGAUUCCCCUGAACUCGUCAAACAGCCUCCUGCCUUGGUCCCUCCUAGCAUUGGGAAGGGCGAAUGUCCUAAUAAGGAAAGUCAACCAGUACAAAGUGAAGGUAGUUUGUCACUAUUUUCAUAUCAAAUUUACUUCUUCUUAUAUGAUAAAAAUCAAUUUGUUUCUGUAG